AUGAGGAGAAGGGGCCUGGACAACCGCCUCUUGGAUGGUGGGCAAGGACACUUGAUUGGCCUGCAGAAAGAAGGCCAGGCCAGCCACCUUUUAGGUGGUAGUGUGGGAGUGCAGCAGCAGACUGGUGAGAUUGCCGUGGAGGAUAAAAACCCAGGAGGGUACACGGAGAAGAGAGGCACACAGCUUCAGCCACUGGAUCUCCAGCACUGGGAUCAAUACAGGAAGAAUUUCCCUAGAGGUGAAAAGGUGGCAACACCAGGCAUCCCGACGUGUGACAGCCCAGUGGCCCCACCAAGCACCCACAAGUGGCUGAACCAGAUGUUCCACAGAAGGCCUGCCUGGUGGCACUGCCCACUGCCCGCAAGCAGAAGAAUGGUGUGCUCUACUGAGGGCUUGCCCAGUGCCCCAGUCCACUCACUGAGAGGUGGCUCAGCAGGCCUGCACUUGGCUGCCCAGCACCCAAACUUCAAGGGGAAGCACAACCUUGUGGCCACAGCCAUCACCACCCCAGAGCAUUACCUAACCCCAGAGCAUUACCAACACAGCUGCCCUUAUCCCUGCACACCACACUGCCCAGACAUCUUGCAGGCCACUGGCACCGUGAAGAUCCAGACCUUGGAGCAUGUCUUUGACCAUCCAUGGGAAACUGUUACAACAACUGCAAUACAGAAAUACCUAAACCCUAUGAACCCGAGAAUGGUUGGAGUUGAUGUGUUGGACAGACAUAUAGAUCCCUCUGGAAAAUUUCACAGCCAUAGACUUUUCAGCACAAAGUGGGGACUGCCUUCCAUUGUGAAGUCUCUUAUUGGUGUGGCAAGAACCAAACCAUAUGUGCAAGAACAUUCUGUAGUUGAUCCUGUAGAGAGAACAAUGGAACUUAAAUCUGCUAAUAUUUCAUUUACAAAUAUGGUUUCAGUAGAUGAGAGACUUAUACACAGACCACAUCCUCAAGACCCGAAAAAAACUAUUUUGACUAAGAAGCAAAAAAUCACUGCGAAAGCAGUUAGCCUCAGCACUUACCUUGCAGGACUAAUGGCAAGUAUAUCUUCAAAUGCUAAUCAGCGCUGAGAAGCAAUGGCAUGGGUAAUACAUGAAUUAAAUGAGGAGAUUGAAGAAUUAUCUGCUUCAGCAAGAGGAAGUAUAAGGACACCUAUUGUGGUGGCAGCAUUUAUAGAGAAAUAA